AUGAAUCGAUUCAGAACCCGCAAGAAGGGUAAGGAAGCCCAAAAUGCCCAGGACGAUAAAGAGGGCCAGCCACUACCACUAUUCACAUCUAAAGCGUUCAAGAGGGCGAAGAAACCGCAAGUAGAGACGACACCAGAGCUGGACCUCUCCUCAGCCCUCCCAUCAUCGGACGAUUUCAGAACCAGUUUACUCAUGCCGAAUCUCUCCGCGCGGUUUAGCAUGUUACGGGAGCAGGACGAUCCAAAUUCUAAAAUCGGGAAGGCCAAUGACGACAGCGUACUCUUGCCAAAGAGGGCGUCAAGACUCAAUGUUUUUGGCCAAGGCAACAAUCCCCUUGGGGACAUUGCAGAAGUAUCUUCGCUUCAUGGCAGCUCAGCUCGGCCAUCUUUUGCCAUCGGGCGCGGUUCAUUCGCCUCUGGAGAAGGCUACGCUACCGAUGAUGGGGACUUUUCCCCUGGCGGUAGUGUUAUGAGCAGAUCCAGGCCUGGUGAAGGGAACAACUUGUUUGGUGGGCGACAAAAAGUUUAUAAAAUACCGGUUGCGUCGACGACGCCUAGAAGUGGGUCGACUUCAGAAGCCUCAGGGACUGGGGGUGGGAUGGGAGGGAAAGCUGUGUAUGAGAAUGAUGUUACAUUAUCUGCUUUCCAGAAGCUGAGAGCGAAAGAAAAAGAGCAGCAGCAGCAGCAGCAGCUUGAGCUUGAGUUGGAAAUGCAGCAGAAUAGACAUGAUACGGAAGAUGAGGGUUCCUUGACUUCCCGACCGUCAGUUAAUCGUACCUCAACUUCGAAUACCUCAGUUGACUCCGCCCAGCGCAACUCAGGCCAGGGGACUAAUUCCCCAAUCGCCUCCAAAGCUGUAUUUUCUCCUAUAAAGCCUAAUCUUACUUCAACUGGAAUGGAGCGCAAUCCAACAAAACCUCGACGCUACGGUCAAGGCAUUGAGCCCAACACCCAACAGCCCUCUGCCAUUACGAGACUCGAAAGCCUUAGCCGCCAGCGAGCUGGGGUCAAUGACUCUUCACAGAUAAAUCGAUCUUUGUCAAAGAGCACGACUAGUUUAAAUGAGAGAUUCCAGCAUCGCCAGCCAGUAUAUGCUUCUUCAGGUUUCCGCCCUACAAGCCCACCUCCAUCUGCUCCUACCACAAUUGCCGAGGCAGUUGAUGUUGCCAGGAAAGGUGAACCAGAGAAAUCUCCCGUUGGAAAUCCGGGGUUUGGCGUCUCAUCACAGUUAAGUCCCCCCAUUAGUGAGUCCGAGGAACAAAGAUCAUUAAGAUCAUUAGAGGCCGCGCUUCAGCCUGAGGAUCGGGGGAAGGCUACUGCUAUGGGCCUUUUCAACAAGCCAGCCACCCAGUAUGAUGAUACAAAAUUCUCACAACGGCAGCGUCAAAUGUAUGAGGGUAGAGAUACUCCUCCUUUGGGACGUCGCUCUCCACCACCACCUGCCGUUGAUGCGGAACACUCCGCACCUUCGCGCCAAGUUUCCAAUUCAACCCACCGACCGAAGCGGAGGAAAAUCCACUACGACAAUAGUAGUCGUAGACCAUCGCCGUCCCCAUCGAGGUUGAAGCCAAUUAACGGCGCCUUCUUGAGUGGAGGUGAUAGCGGAAGUGAAGACGAACGAGAACCGACGCUGAAAAACAUGCUUGCGGCGGUUCAGUCACUCGAAAAUAUCCAUCCCGCUUUCAGAUCUAGGAGCAAUUCUGGCGACUCGUCGCAGAGUUCUCUCAACAGAGGCUCUCACGCUGAUACUCCCGAAUUGCGAUAUUCGGAAACUCGAGACCUCAACACCAUACAGGAGAAUGAAGGCACUGAGGAACCUGUCGGUGACGCCCCGGAUUCGCCUACACUUGGUCCCUUAGGGCUCGGUUUAAGCGGGCUAGUUCGUACACAUCUUCGGCACGAUAGUGACACUUCGAUCUACCCGCCGCCGUCCCCGGGUAUUUCUAAAAUCAAAGAUACCGCUCGAGAGCUUAAUCCCGCCGUUAAAGCCGCUAGAGAUUCUGACCAUGCCGCUAGUGUUCACAGUAACCCAUGGGAAUAUGAUGACCUAUAUAAGCUAGUCAGUCCAGCAUCUGAUAAUAAAGAACCCGCGAAGCAAACUGGACAGCCUGAUUUCUCCUCUAUGUCAAUGAGAGCGAAGCAAAUGCUCGGGCAGGCCACUGCUUUACGUAUACAGACGCAGGCGCAUGUACCAUCACCAGCAGGACCGCCGGAUAACUCUAAUAUCUCACCUCCCAACCAUAUGCGUGACCAGUCAUCCAGAGGCCCGACAAGCCACAGUUCACCGUGGCAAGAGGAACACAAACCACGUCAUCAAAGGGGUGCAAGUUCAGAAACGCAGAACGAGCGUGAAGAACUUGCGAACGAGCUAGCUGAGCGGCGAAAGAAGGUGCAAGAGAAAUUACGAAGCUUCGCUGAGAGCGAAAGCAGAUCAGGUAGUCCGUCUUCCGGCCAUCGUUUCCACGAUUAUAGUUCCGGACCAAAACACGGUAAUGCCUUUGCAAUGCUUAAGAACAAAACCGGCAGAAACCCUAUGGGCGGUCGAGCUGAUGCACCUCAGUCAAAAGCCAUGAAAAUGCUUGGCAUGGACAAUUCUUUCAACUCAUCCUCGCCAAUCCUCCCCACAAGCGAUUCAUGGCUGGACGAUGAGGAGAGAGCCUCCCGUAAUCGUGGGAGGGAAUCUCGUUCGGGAUCACCCCAUCUCGGAGCUCGCAAUCACAAUCGACCAUGGCACCCACAAGGCAGCAUCAGGGGGAGAGUAAGCCAGGAUGGGUCCAGAGAAUCAUUUACUGGUGAUCCUUCUCCACCAUCGCACCGGAGCUCUGGCAGAACCCGAUCUAGUUCAGACGUGUCAGGCCGGUCAAAAAGCCAACCGCGCUAUCGUGAUGAUCUUGAACCUGUAGGGGAACAUACAAUCGGCCACGGCGAAGUGCAAAGCGAAGAACUUAAGUCUUCAAAGGCUUCGGCAUCUGUUUCAUCUUCCUCCCGACCGUCAGAAGAGGUCAGCGACUAUAGGUCUUCUGAGCGAUCUACAUCUGGGGCCUCUGGUAGGUACCGGAGUAAUAGCCGCUCAGCUGCACAGGGUUAUUACGAUCCUAACCCUCCCAUCCCACUUCAAACCCAUCAAUCCGAUUUAAUCGGCAAUCCCCCCCGUCCCUCUCCAGUAACUCCAUAUUCCGCCAACGCAACACCGCCUCUCAACGAAGCUUCCCCAAUCCACGCCUCCACCUCGACUCCCACUCUCGUGCCUCCCAUGAAUAUCAGCAGUAGCCAACGCAACCAAGGGCUUGGGGGCGCACAUAAACGCGUAAUCGACAAAUCCAAGAUUUCCGAGCCGACCUUCCUCUCCUCAACCUCCAACGUACCGACAGUGGGUCUCCCGCCAGGCGCCAGCCUCACCAACGGCUCAACCCCGCCAAUACCUCCCAUGAACCCCCGACGCAGACGGCAAACGACAACGCAGACUUUUAUAAACGCCUUCAAGAGCUCUGACAGAUACGACCAGCCAUCCAUGCCUGGUUCAAACCCUACUGGCCUGAUGGAUGAACAACUACAUCAACAACAGUAUCAUCAGCAUCAUUCUCAUAAUAAUCAUCAGAGUAUAUUUUCUGAAGAGGAGAAGCGGCCACGACCACGUCAAAAGUUGCGAAAAAUAUCAAGCGAGGGUGGUAAUCUGAAUGCGAAGGCUCGUCAACAGCUUAUGAAUAAUAGCUCUCCGGCGCUACCGCAACUUCCGAAGAAGUUGCCCAUGGAAGGGGGCAUGUUUUGA